AUGGCGUCCCCAGGCGGCGCAGAACAAGCCCACAGGGCCAGAGGCCUGUUUGCUUCGAACUACAACUCCCAUCAUGCACCUCUCCCACUCUGGCCUCCCUUUGGCUGGAAUCUUAGGCGCACGCUCGAGGACUACUUCCGCGUAGUCCCAGGCCUCCCCACCCUCCUCCCCUUCACCCGCUGCAACGGCCUUUUCGUUCAUUUGCAGACCAAGAAAAGAAGGAACAACGGGCGGGCCAAGAAGGGCCGCGGGCACGUGCAGCCCAUCCGCUGCACCAACUGUGCCCGCUGCGUGCCCAAGGACAAGGCCAUCAAGAAGUUUGUCAUUAGGAACAUCGUGGAGGCCGCUGCCGUGAGGGACAUUUCCGAAGCCAGCGUCUUCGAUGCUUAUGUACUUCCCAAGCUGUAUGUGAAGUUGCACUACUGUGUGAGUUGUGCCAUUCACAGCAAGGUAGUAAGGAAUCGCUCUCGCGAGGCCCGCAAGGACCGAACACCUCCACCAAGGUUCAGACCUGCAGGUGCUGCCCCAAGACCUCCACCAAAACCUAUGUAAAGCAGCUAAAAACAUUUAAGAAUUGAAGACAAAGUCAAAAGUCCUCUGAGGGGAAAUAAAAUGGAAAUUAAUACUUAAUAUAU